GAAAUUUGGUAGCAGCAUAGUUAUUAACCCUAUGAAAGAUAAGACAAUGGUGCAAGCGCUUCUGGAUUUUAAAGAUAAGAUAGAUUUUAUCAUUGAAGCGUCUUUUCUGAAAAAUGAGAAAAUUAUUGUUGCUAUGAAAGAUGCUUUUGAAACAUUUAUUAAUAAAAGGCCUAACAAACCAGCUGAGCUUCUAGCAAAGUAUGUGGAUUCAAAACUUCGCACAGGUAACAAAGAAGCUACGGACGAAGAACUUGAAGAAUUAUUAGCUAAAGUGGUAAUUUUAUUUAGGUUUAUUCAUGAGAAAGAUGUUUUUGAAGCCUUCUACAAAAAAGAUUUAGCAAAACGUCUCUUACUUGAUAAGAGUGCUUCAGUUGAUGCAGAAAAGUCAAUGCUGUGCAAACUUAAACAAGGUGUGUGUCUUGACAGGUAUAUUGUCUGUUUCAGUCAUAUUUUUAUUUUGGCUUUUGUGUUUCCUGAAUCUGGGUGGAGAACUAUGAUUUCAUUUCAGUGUUUACCUCUCAUUUGGUCAAGAGCUUGUUCUACACAUCAUUUUACAAACUACUAAUUUAAUGUGGCUAUCCAAAAGUGUAUGCACUCAUUUGGCAGCUCUGUCAUCAUCUUUAUGUGUUCCCACAGGCAGGUUAUUUUAAGAUUUGGAUUUAUAAAUUUAGGAUAUUGGCUAAACUCUGGAUAAGGUGGGAUCAUCCGACAAACAUAAGUAAAAAGUAAGAGAAGCAUGAAGAUGUAUAAAAAGGCAAUUUAACCUAGUCAGAAAAUUGAGGACAGUUUCUUUAAGGAAGCAUGAUUGAAAUACAAGGUGGAGAGACAGAAAUGUUGAUGGUGAUAGCAGAAGUUAGUCCAUGCUAGAAAGAGUUUAGCAAUUUGAAACGCUGGGGAAUCAGAAUAAUCAGAGAAGAACACACAAGAGCUGUCAUAAAGGCUAAACUGAAAAGUUAAUAGGUGUAAGAUUUUGCUUGACCUUGGAGACGUUGUCUGUGAUACUGUUUUGUACCCUGGA